GUUUCUGUCUGUUCUGUAAUCAUGUCUGGUUUUACUGUCUGUGUUAGCUGCAGUUUGACUCUGCAUUCUUUUGCUCGGUGACUAUGGGAUUCUCUGUGUGUCUUAAUGAUGUCACAAUGUUAUUAGAGCCACGAUUCUUAGUCUGUGCAGUCAACUGCAUCUAGAUGUAGGUACACCGAAAGCAUGAGGUUGGACCUGUUUUUUAUCAUUAUAAAUGCUUUCUUCUUCAUAUCUGGAAGUCAUGGAACCUGUGGAAAACGACCUCUGGCUACGGACUAUGGUGGCUCUCGGGUAGUUGGGGGUAAGGACGCACAACCUGGCAACUGGCCAUGGACGGUCAGUAUCCAGGAACCUGAUGAAGAUGGUUACAAGCACUUAUGUGGAGGCGUUCUUCUGAAUGACAUAUGGGUUAUGACAGCUGCUCAUUGCUUCAAGGAUCGGGGCAGUGACUUCUUCUCUUGGAGACUUGUGCUUGGUGCAACACAGCUUUCCAAGUUAGGACCCGAAGUUGAGAUCCGUGGAAUAAAAGAAAAGAAUGUGCAUGAACAAUAUUACAAAGAAACUCAGAAAAACGAUAUUGCGCUGUUAAUGCUCAACGAGAGCGUUGUGUUUGAUGAUUACAUUCAGCCGGCAUGUCUUCCUGCAAAAACUGCUAACCUUUACCAAAUGACCGAAUGCUAUAUUGCAGGUUGGGGUGUCACCGAAGAAGAAUCCAGUGAAUCAAAUGAUAUUCUCCAAGAAGCACAGGUACAAAUCAUCUCUAACAAGCUUUGCAACAGCCCCGACUGGUAUAAUGGGAAUAUAGGUGUCUACAAUAUAUGUGCAGGCUACGAUAAAGGGGGCAUUGACAGCUGUCAGGGUGACAGUGGAGGACCCCUCAUGUGCAAAAAAAAGAGAGCAAAACUAUUUUCUGUGGUUGGGGUAACCAGCUGGGGGGAAGGCUGUGGAAAGAAGAACAACCCUGGUGUUUAUUCAUCUACCAAGUAUUUCUUUAACUGGCUACUUGGAAAAAUUAGCAACGAGAGUGCAUACAAGUCCAAGAAAAAAUAAAUAUAAAACAUUUACAAUAA